GUGACCAGCUCCUCCCCGUGGCCUGUGGCGGGGUCGCGCACGCCGGGCAGACUGUCGAGCAGUGUGAGUGAGGAGUUGCAGUGGAUACCCCGGGGCUGUGCAGAUUUGGCCCUCACUGAGCAGAAGACGUGGGCGACGUAAGGACAGGCCGGAGCUGGGGCUUUGCCGGGGGAUCCGGCUGGAGGGGGCUGAGCUGCUGGCAUUACAGCGAGUUCCUCGGGACUGAAAUCCAUUCAAGUUAUCCUUGAAUACAGUCUGGCAAAAGCGGUUUACAUGCUCAGGAUAGCAGAUUGGUUAAGUAUUUAACAAUCAAAGACCCAUCAUGCGCGAGUACAAGCUCGUGGUCCUUGGUUCAGGAGGUGUUGGAAAAUCUGCCUUGACAGUACAGUUUGUGCAGGGAAUAUUUGUGGAAAAAUAUGAUCCUACAAUAGAAGACUCCUACAGAAAGCAAGUGGAAGUAGAAGGGCAGCAAUGUAUGCUUGAAAUUCUCGACACAGCCGGAACAGAACAGUUCACGGCGAUGAGAGAUUUAUACAUGAAGAACGGUCAGGGAUUUGCACUCGUAUAUUCUAUAACUGCACAGUCCACGUUUAAUGACUUACAGGACUUGAGGGAACAGAUUUUACGAGUCAAGGACACCGAAGAUGUUCCCAUGAUUCUGGUGGGCAAUAAAUGUGAUUUGGAGGAUGAGCGGGUAGUUGGCAAGGAACAGGGACAAAACUUAGCCAGACAGUGGAAUAACUGUGCCUUUUUAGAAUCUUCCGCAAAGUCGAAGAUCAAUGUAAAUGAGAUCUUUUAUGACUUGGUCAGACAGAUAAAUAGGAAAACACCAGAGGAAAAGAAGAAAUCUAAAAAGAAAUCGCUAUGUCUGCUGCUUUAGAGCAUCUUUAAGCAGCAGCUCUGAGCCAGAGUUCAGGAAUGAAGAACUGUUGCCUAGUUGGAAGUGCCAGCAUUCCAAACUGUAAAAAAGAAGAAAAAUUCAAAAAGAAAACCCCAACAUAAAUUAACAUAUCUUAAGAGGCUCCUUCUGUUUUAUAUAUCAUGUGAAGAACUUAGAUCUACAAUACUGUUUGCACAAGAUUCCCUGCAAAUGAAUUAGCUGUGUUUUCCUCCGAAACCAAGACACAAUCGUGUCUUCUAUUGCAAUAGUGGUUAUCACAGAUGUGAAAAUAAACAGAUAUACUUGACUCGAUUCUGAAUGAUUAUACAAAAGAGCAUGAAUGCAUUUCAAAUGUUAGAUAUUGCUAGUCUAAUUACCUUUAAUUAUUUUCAUAUUGACUUUCUUCCAGAUCCUUUUUCCUAGUCAUGCCUGUGUCAAGCACUAAAAAUAAUACAAAUCCAGCCAUUUAUAGUUUUACUUUAUAAAUAUAUAGAGUUAUAUAUAUAUUCCCCUUAAUGAACUCAAUGGGGCUAAUACCUUUUUGAGUCACAGUGACUUCAUUUUAUAUUUAAAACUUAUGGAUUUAUCAUUACUUCAUCUUGUCAUUAUAUUCUAAUUAAAACAUUUUUUGUGCAUAAUGCUUUUUGGGGCGGGAAGGGAAAGGUAGGGUCUUUUAUAGGAAAACCAAGAUAACUGAUUUCUAUGGAUUUCAAAGCUGAAAUAUAUAAUAUACUAAAACAACUCUAAUAUUGCUUCUUGUGUUUUACUGUCACAAAUUAAAUUACAGCUUUUAUGAAUGAUUAAAUUUUAGUACAUUUUCA